UCUAAAUUCAAAUAUGAAGACUAUCUGGACUCUAGCCUUGAUAGCCAUGCUCAUAGUCGGCCUAGUAAGAGCCGAUGUGGAAAAAGCAACAACUGCCGAUGAUGUCAGCAAGUUCUUGGAGGCAAACCAAAACAAUGUUGCUGCCCUCUUCUUCUUUGACAGCAGCCUCAACGAAGGAAAUGAAGGUGGAUUCUGGAGCGGAGUAGUCACUUCUGUGAGUCAUAUCUUCAGCGGAGAGGACAAUCUAGUUAAUGGCGAGCAUCAAGCUUCAGAGAUAGAGCAAAAAAUCAGUGAGGAAGCUGACCUUUUGCAGAUAGAUGUCAGCAAUGAGGACUUACGUGAACUCCAAGAUCAGUAUGAAGUUACAACUAUUCCUUAUGUCAUCAUCUAUGACAAAGGAGUGUUAGUUCUGAGUGAAGUGCUCAACCCAGACACACACGAUAAAGUUCUCGAUAUUCUUCAGAUCAAAUCUAACGAAACUAAUUCACAAAGUGAAGAAGCUCUUGUAGUUCCUGAGGAGAAUACUUCUGAAGUGAGUGCUUCUGAGGUAAAUACUUCUGAAGAAGAACCACCUUUAUUAAUUCCUGAGGCAGUUCCAGCUACUAUCGAAAUCACUGAUCCUGCUGUUGUAAAGCCAGAAGUAGUAGCCGUCAGCCCACAAAAAGUGAUCAUUACAACACCUAAAGUUAUUCCUCCAAGAGUUACUAUCCAGAAUCCUCAAAAACCAAAGGCUGUAACACUUGCUCCUGGAGAGACUGAAAAACCAACUCCUCAAUUACCAAACCAAGAUCCAAGAGUGACUUUAAGAAUUCCUAGGAAUUAUACUGAGCCAAAGGCCAAAUCUGAAGACUCUUCCUUCAUCAAGCACAAAUGCCACGACAUUACCCAUCCAAAACAAGUUCCAAGAGGAUCUCCAGGAUACAUCGCUGAGCUUGAAGAUUACCAAAUCCCAGAGGAGUGGUGGGAAUAUGGAUAUUCUCCAAUCACCGGAAGCAAUGCUGAAGAAAUUAAUUACAGCCGUAACGUAAAGUUCUUCGAAGCCGAAAACAUCACUUUUGAACCAACCCAGUACAAAUCUCCAUUUAUGUACAAUCAUUAUCCUUACACUGCUCCAGAGAUAGUGACUCCAGAACCAUUCACUAGAGAAGAAUUCUUGACUCCUUCUAGACUUACCAAGGAUGAAGAGCCAGCUCCUUAUAGAGUCGCUAGAGAGGAAUUCAUCAGAACCCCAGCUGGAAUUAUCAGAGAAGAAUAUGAGCUCCAAGAUGAACUAUUAUAUUACCCAGAAGUAAUUGAAGCUCAAAGACCUUCUCUUAUCCAAGCUAGAAUUGCUGAAGCUAACGCUGAGGCACAGUUUGAGGCAGGAAGACCAAGAAGAAUUUUCCCUCAAGGAAAUCAGAGAUAUGCUCAAUUUAGCAACACCACUAAUGCUCCUGCUGCUCAACAACAAAAACCAGCCGUUCAGCAACAGAAACCAGUCGCCCAACAACAAAAGCCUGCUGCUCAACAAACCCAAACAAAGCCAGCUGCAUCUAAACAAGAAACCCCAAAAAGAAUUUAUCCUCAAGGGAACCAGAACUACACCUCUUACCAACAAAAGCCAGCUGCUGUAACUGCUACCAAACCCUCUCGAGCUCCUAAUUCCUCAUCUCCUGCACCUAGAGUCACCAAAACUGCACCUAAAGCUACAGCCACUGCUCCAAGAUCCAAAGCUACACCCAAAACUCCAAGCUUACCAGCACAGCCAAGGCCUGCUGCCCGAAGCACUCCCACUAAACCAGCUAAGCCUACUCCAAGAUCUGCUCCUGCUCCUGCCCCAAGAGGCCCUGCUCCUGCCCCAAGAGGCCCUGCUCCUGCACCAAGAGGCCCAUCAGCUGCACCAAGAAGCCAAGCUCAAGCUAGUGCAAAAGUCUCAGCUCCUCUAAGACCAGGUAUUCCUUUGAAACCAGGAUCCCCAUCAGCAUAAGAUAUGAAGAAAAGAAUUUCAGUUAAAA